AUCUAGAUUUGCGCUAUAUCGCGAUUGAGUCAUAAUGAUAAAAUUGAACAUGAUAUCUUUGUAUAGUAUGUAUAGGUACGAAAACAAAGGAAAUCAGCAGUACAUAUCAGCUGUGUAGUAUUAUAACAACGCGAAUUUUGUCGAAGUUGAUCAUUACAAAAGGAAUUUAAAAACGGCAGUGAAUUAUUUGUGUUUCUGUUCAGAAUUUAUUGAAUUAUUCAUUUAAUUCUCUGUCUAUUGUUCAGUUGACUGGUUUUCCUUUUAGUUAUAGCGUGAAUUGUGGGUGUAUUUUUUAUUAUUUUAUUUAUGUUUAGCUAAUUUAGUGCGUGAAGAAUUAAUAUUUCUUGGGAAAAGAAUGGCAGACGAUGGGGAUCGGACUAGCCUUUUACCUUUGCCGAAGAGAUCGAUAGCAACAACUAUAGAGUUGCCAUUUCUCCUUAAUAUGAUAGCUGUGUCUUUAACAGGUGCGGCACUUAGCAAUAUAAUUCUCUAUCGAACGUGUGUACACUCCUUGGGCCACACGGAAGAAGAAUGCAAACCUUUUCUGUCACCCAUAAAGACUAAUGCCACUGCAGGCCUAGAGGAAGAUGUGCAAAGAUACUCUACUUAUAUAUCUACAGUGAAAAUGGUGCUAGAGUACAUCUGUCCGGCAGUUUUGUCUAUGUUUUUAGGAGUCUGGUCGGAUACGUAUGGUAGAAAGCCUUUAAUAGUGUGGCCAAUGUUUGGUAUGGCGAUAUCGGGUAUCUUAAUAGUCAUCUUCGCCAUGAUGAAAAGCUUGAGCGCCUGGUGGUUCAUCGCUACGUCUGUUCCGUUCUCCCUCACCGGCGGAUACAUAGUCAUGUUCACCGGUGCGUACUGCUAUAUCAGUGAUACCAGUUCUACUAGCAGUUCGUCUCUUAGAAUGACAAUACUGGAUGCGACGAUAUCAUUGGGUACUAUAUGUGGGAGUUUAUUCAGUACAUACCUAAUAUUGACCAUUGGAAACGUAAAUUUGCUUUUGUUCACCGCUACAAUUAACGUGAUAGCUUACGCCUUUGCGAAUAUAUGGAUAAUGGAGUCACUAAGAGGGGCAUUGCAGGGUGGAGCAACGAGAGUUUUAGACAUAUUGUACGUUAGAGAAAUGACCCGCGAAUGUUUCAAAAAGCGGCCAUACAAAGGCCGUGCACAAAUCAUGCUCCUUGCAGUCGUUAGAAUACUUAUGAUCAUGAUCAUAUACGGGUUAAUGAGUUUAGAGUACAUGUACUCGAGGCAGAAGUUCCAUUGGUCAUUGCGACAAUACACAACAUAUACAUCAGUCAGUACGCUGAUAACGUUCUUGGGAGGUUUCUUGGGUGUUAUUGUGGUGCAAAAAGUACUACGGCUUGGUGAUGUGUCGUUUUCAAUGAUAGCGGUGUUUACGGCCACGGCCGAUAAUCUGUUGAAGCUGUUUGCGGUUGAAUCAUGGUAUAUGUACUUAGGUUCUGCGAUAUCGUUGUUUAAAGGUUUAUCAGGACCGCUAUUACGGUCUUUUAUCACUAAAAACUUUCCAAUGGAGGACAUCGCCAAAAUUUUCGCAUUCCUGUGCGCCGUCGAGAGCAUUGGCCCGAUGCUGGCACCGAUUCUCUUCAACUCGCUGUAUAGUGUUACGCUGGCGACCUUCCCGGGAGCGGUUUACGUUCUUAGCAGCGUGAUGAACACCUCUUGUUUGGUUAUGUUAGGAUUUGUGCUAAUAUAUUCAAGGAGAGGAUCAUCAGCCAUCUAUCAGUCAAUUAAUAAUGAUAUUGAUACUUAAAAUAACAUGAUAAGAGAAGAUACGGCGGCGCAUGGACGAAUAUUUUGAGCAUUUUUUAACAAUUAUGAAAUUAUUAAAGAAGUAAUAAUUUUACCAUUAACGAAUUUCACGUAUUAAGUUACGUGAUAGGAUGCAUACGAAAAUAUCGACACAUGAACAAAAGAUAAAUAAUUACUUUAUUUAUAACAAAAAUGGUUAAAGUACUUAAUCACAUUUUUAGACAUGUUGUAUUAAAAGAAUUUCUGUGAUACUUAGAAUUAAAUAUUUUUUGAGACAAUAAUUUUAAUAAAUAACUAGGACCCAUUGUACCUACCAUAUUUUUAAUAACUUA